AUGGACUCUUCGCAAAUGAAGACUAAUUAUAAAGAAUUGUUUGAAUCGAUUAAGAGGUGCGAAGACCAUGACUUGAAUCACGUGUCGUAUUACCCGAGUGUCACCACAAUCCUCAGCUCAACGAUGUCCGUCCAAUCAGUCGUCGCUUUGGAUAAGUGGAAGAAAUUGAAAACCAGUCAAUUGGGGGAAAAGGGCUUCAGAGACUACCAGAAGAAUAUACUGAGUCGCGGAAAACUACUUCAUCUCAAUAUCAAGAACUUCUUGCAAACCAAAGACGAGUCGUAUCCGCAGUUAAUUCCGGCCAAUAAAUGGUUGUUCAAUCAAAGAGCACUACAGGAAUACCUAUUGUGCUGUUGUCAAGAGGCGAGCGGAGGUCUAAUCGACAAACCGGGCAAAAAUCGUGAUUAUUAUCACACCUGCUAUUGUUUGUCCGGACUAUCAAUCGCACAAAAUUCUCUGUCGAGUCAAUUGAUUGUCGGCCCACAAGAGAAUAAAGUGGCUCCCAUUCAUCCGCUAUUUAAUGUUCGCUUAGAUUCCGUGCGUUUCGCUAAAGAAUAUUUUACGGCCAACACGUGAUAAUACCGUAUAGUCUUUCACACAAUUAUUGUAAUACUGAUUGAUUUGAAUCUAC